AUGGCUUCAAAAGAAAAACAUUUAGUUUAUAAAGAGCCAAGUUUUUAAUUCUUUGUCAAGAAAGGCUUAAUUAAACAGAACAAUAAAGGAUAGGUUUUUCCAAUAUUCACAUAUCGUAUUAAUACUCAAUCAUCCCCUUCAAAAAAUAUAGAACUUUCUGUAAUUCCAUCAAAAAUAAUAAAAAGAUAAAAUAUCCAUUAACUUAAUCCAUCUCCUUUUGUUAUUAAUAAUAUUCCAAAAAGAAAUACAAUAUAUCAAUCAUAUAUCGAUAAUAUAAUAAAGAGAAAAGUAAAAGAUAAACCAGAAAUUCGAAAGAAAUACUCUAAUACAAUUGAUGAGAUAAAGGGUAGAUAAAUUGAAACUGUAAAAGAUUGUUUUCUUCCUAAACUUAAUUGUCUAGAUCGUUAACCUUAAAAGUUAAAAUAUCGUCAUUCAUUGCCAAAGUAAGAUAUAUAUACAGAACCUAAUCCUGAACCUAAUAUUUCAGAUAGAUUGCAACCAUGGGAUUCAAGUUCAAAGUCAUUUGCACUUUAAUGA